UAUACGUGUUUCCAUGUCUCAACCAUCCUCCCAUACCUCUAAGCCCAAGCCCGCUGCUAAACCCACACCCAAACAGAAUCCCGACCUUUAUCGAAUCGCUAGUGCUCUUGCUGGACAGAAAAUCAAGGAACUAUGCAGUAAGGGCUUGAUCACAGUGACAUCUCCCAUUGACACGCAAGUGACGCGUCCCCGACGUUCCCCUGCCCGCGAGCACACAUUUACACCAAGAAUGGAUGUCCUAGAUGACCCAUCAUCACCAAAUAUCAUGGCGACAUUCGAACUUCCUGGUGUCAAGGCAUCCGAUAUGAGCCUGUCAAUCCUUGACGGCCAUCUCAUCAUUCAAGGCGAGCGGCGGUCUCGCUUCAUAAGCAGCGGUUCCGCCGAUGCGGAUGCGCAGCCCAACGGUGAUGCAUCGUCCACUGGUACUAUGGACGUCGACAAGAAACCAUCCAUUCAAUUUCCUGUCAGAGAGCUCAGAUACGGGCGAUUCUACAGAAGCUUCAAACUAUCCCAUACUGUCCAACAAACAGACAUUUCGGCAUCUAUGGUCGAAGGCAUGCUCACAGUGACUUGGCCAAGAUCCAAACCGGAUCUCGCUACCGAGGCGUCUGCAGGAAGCGGGGAGGUGGUUCAUAUCGAGUAAUGGGCUUAUCACGCGUUCUUGUUUCGUUACAAUCUCCCCUCUCGGCGCAUGGAUUUAGCUAGGCGCCAACUCGUGAAUCAUUUCUCCCUCUUAACGGUGUAAUUGGCGUCCACAAAAAUAUCGCUGUUCCAAUCUCGAGAUCACUUCCCCAACACCCUCCUCCGUUCCAUUUGGGUUACUAUGUCGUUAUUUGGAUCUUUACUACUUUUUCUGGGUUGCUUGGA